AUGGCGCGCAACCAAAGCAAACGUGGACAAGACGAGAAGCCUCGGAGACUGUCCAAGCAGAGAGUUGCAAGUCAACCCGCAACUGCUUUCCAUUCGCAGACAACCUCUCUCGGUGGGCAUGGAUCUGAACCUUGGGGAAAGAGAAGGAAUUCGGCUGUGGAAGCAGGUGGUUUCCACGGGCCAGGAAUCUAUCCCCACACCCAUGCAUCACAGUCAAGCAUUGGGCCUGAAGAAUUCACAGCUCUUCCCCAGGCCCCGACCUUGCUGGCGAAACGCAAAGGCCAUGAUCCGUCUCUCCAACGCAGGAAGUCGAGCAAGAGAAAAGCAGAGGACUAUGCUCGAGAGAGAGAAAUUCGCGCCAUGAGUUCACCGGUUCCUGGCUUGAAGCGCCCUGUCUCAUAUUCUGGUUCCGGUCCAUUGCGUCGCGACACCAAACAGGUCCCUGGCGAUCUCAAUCGACGACUGCAUCGACCAGCUUCAGAGAUAUCUUUGCCCCUUCCUGAGACCAUCCAGGAAUCUGAAGACAUGACGAGUCAGGCUUCAUUCAAGAUCGGGAUCUUGGCUGCACUGAGUCCCCGACCCACGCUCACAUACGUCGCUAAUCCUCGGACCUCAGUCGGGAAGCAGCCCGCCCGGAUAAAGCCCUCAAUCCAGCAAGCUAUAGAGGAAGAAGACGUUUAUUCAAAGAAGAGGAUUGAUGAGUUAGCGGACGAACUUGAUGCCGGGGGUCUGAGGGAGCUAAUGGAAAGGGACAGGAGACGACAUGAAAGGAAAAGAGCAGCCGACCGAGACCGCCUUCAUAGGAAGCUUCAGCGCAAGGCUGAAAGGCAGCGAGAAGAGGAGCUCCGCGGACCUCAAGGUGAUGGACUACCUGCGGGCUCUGCUAGCCUUGGGGCUGGCGGCAUCGAAAAACGUGGACGACAAGGAAACUUAAGCGUCAAAAACGAAGGGGGAGAUCCUUUUGCUGAUCCGGAGAGCUCCCAAACCAAACCAAUUCAACACAUACGGAACCCUUUUGAAGAUGAAAAAGAUUUCGACAUCAUGCGGGAUCCAUUCACCCUCGAAGAAGACGAAGGACCGCCGGUGCCGGUGAGAUCGCCUUUGCGAACGGUGUCGCCCGUCGAAGUUCGAAGAGAACAGAAACCAUCGCAGGCAGCAACAAUGUCGCCACCUACAUCUCCCAUACAGCGCCCAGCAGAUCGCCAGAGCCUCUCCCAGACUUCCGGUUUGGCUCGUGAAAUCACGCCGGACAUUCCUGAACAUGGUCAAUCGGAUCGCCGUGCAUCUGACCAGAGCAGUCAGCAGCUCAGUUCCUGGACGAGCUUUUUCAAGCGCGGCGGUCGACGAAAAGCCAGUACUACUGAUCGAGGCCGAAGCACGCCCUCCGAAUUCUCCAACACUUCUCGAGAAUCCUUCGCCCGGAAGCAGCAACCACCGCCUGUUGUUGUUCCUCGCACUUUUCGGAGAUCUGAAGCUUCCGCCGUUCCACAGAGGACGAUGUCCAAAUUCCGUGAAGAUUUACCCGACUUUCCCAUCUCGCCGCCAGAUUCUCGCGUCCAGUCGCCCGAAGCGAUGAAUAUUCCCCAGGCUAGCUUAGGACCGCGGCAUGGGAACCAGCCUAGGCAAUCAUUAUCGGGGACAUUAGAUGCAAGAAGUCUGGCCACGAGCUCGAGCAAUCCUGCCCUAGACAAAGGCCCCGCUGAGACUCGACACGCACAAUCUAUGGACAUUGACACCGGCAGUGGGGCGCUGUCGAGGAUAGCGCUGUCUCAGUCGCUCGCAUCGGUUGAUUCAGAGGGAUCUUGGCUAUCGGGAAAACCAGUCAAGAGAUUGUCCGGUGGAAUGGGCCAUGCGAUUCGACAUAGUCAAUCAUCGCUUCUUCCGCAGACCAUGCCUGGGGCAUUUGAGACGGAGGAAGCCGGCCUUGCGGAUGAUGACUAUUUGAACCGGCUGACUCCAGGGCCUAGCCGGCGGCGCGACUCAGACCACUCUAUAGGUCGAAAAGCAAGCAGCACUGUGAUUGAUCUCGAGAGGGAGAGGCAGCACAGUCCUGUCCCCGAGAUGCCUCCGGUUCCCGCGAGACAGGAGGUCGAUGAGACGUGGCACGAAGGUCUUGGACGACACGCCACUGUGGUUCGUCAGCCUACUCGGGCAAAAUCGACGGAAGGCAUUUUGAGGGAAUUUGGGAAAGAGACGCCCGAGGGGUCUCGAAGGUCGAGCUCAGAUGGCGAGUUGGACGAAGAGGAUGGAGGUUCGCCGGCAAGGGAGGCGCACAAAACGGAAUUGCAGGAUGCACCACUUUUAAGGGCCCAAAGUGUCGAGUAUAAAGGACACGCGAGGCAUAUCAGUGCAGGAAGUGCAAGACUAUUGGACAUCCGGCGAUCGUCGACACAGUCGGACGCUCCCCCGCGAAGUCCGAGCCUUCCUCAAGGAGCGGCACCCGUUCAAACGGAACGAUCAGCACCUGCUAAGGCGUGA